AUUGUUAAUGUACUACGGCUACUAAUGAUGUGGGACGUGCCCCUUAGCCGGUAGAGCACAGCUGUAAUCGUCGCUCACAAGUAGUCGAACUAUAGCUUAUUUCAUACUAGAUUUGAUUGUUUGCGGUGGAGUCAAAAUGGUUUGGGAAGGACGGUUGGAAAACGAUUUUGAAGGCAGUCCAUCUGCCGUACCUAUGGUAAAGGUUCUAACUCCAAAAGAGGAAGACCUCUCAAAUGGCGAAAAUUGGAGAAAGGUCAAACCUUCAGAGAAAGAAGAUUCAUCUUCGAAAUUUGAUAACAAAGAAAAAGAAAAGAAGGAAAAAGAUGAGAAGCAGCCACAAGUGUCUCUCAUAAAACUGUUUCGACAUGCGGAUAUAACUGAUAUUUUUCUAAUGGUUAUUGGGACAAUAUUCGCAAUAGGCAAUGGGAUUGCACAGCCUUUGACAAUCAUCAUGUUUGGUGAUCUCAUUGGUGACUUUGUAAAGUAUGGCGAGCAACAGUAUGAUGUUUCAUUGGGACUGGCCAACGCUACCUCGAUUAAUUUCGACAUAGAAGGACAGAUGGUGAAGUUUGCCGAGUACUAUAGUUUGAUCGGAUUUGGUUGUCUAUUAGCUGCUUAUGUUCACACAGCAUUUUGGUCACUUUCUGGCGUAAGGCAAGCCAAUAAAAUCAGAAAAUUGUGUUUCAAAGAGAUUCUGAAAAAGGAUAUUGGAUGGUUUGAUCAAAUUGAUGCUGGAGAACUCAGCACAAGAAUUACAGAAGAUGUUACCAAGGUGCAAAAUGGGAUUGGUGACAAAUUUGGAAUGCUGAUUCACUCCGUUGCGAUGUUCGUUGCAGCUUUUAUCAUUGGCUUUGUUUACAGCUGGAGGCUAACGCUGGUUCUUCUUGCCUUGACACCACUCGUUAUCAUAACGACUGCCAUCACUGGAUUUGUAAUAAGCAAGUUGACGAGCCAAGAGCAAGCUGCAUAUGCCAAGGCUGGGGGUGUUGCAGAGGAAGUGUUCAGUUCGAUAAGAACAGUUGUUGCCUUUGGUGGUGAAAAACGAGAGCUUCAAAGAUAUACAGCCUGUUUGGGAGACUCGCAGAAGGCUGGGAUAAGAAAGGGCUUGAAUUCUGGUUUGGCUUUCGGCCUAUUUCAGCUCGUUACGUUUUGCUCGUAUGCUGUUGCAUUUUGGUACGGAGCCGAGCUUAUCAUUGAUGGAAUAAUAAAUGAAGCUGAUGUCAUGAUCGUUUUCUUCUGUAUCAUUGUCGGAGCAACUCAGAUUGGUCAAGCUGCACCAAACAUACAGGACAUAGCAAACGCAAAAGGGGCUGCUUACUAUAUAUACGACCUUAUGGACCAUAAAUGUGUAAUCAACUCGAUGUCGACUGAAGGAGAAACUCCGCCUGUUAAUGGUAACAUCGAAUUCAAAGACAUCCAUUUUCGAUACCCUUCAAGGAAAGAAAUUAAGAUUUUGGAUGGAUUCUCACUGAAGAUUGACAGUGGCUCAACAGUGGCGCUAGUUGGUGAGUCAGGGUGUGGCAAAAGUACCAUUGUCAAGCUGGUACAGAGGUUUUAUGACCCUGAAGAAGGAUUGGUAUGUUUAGAUGGGAACGAUUUGCGAAAGAUCAACUUGCGAUAUUUGCGUAGCCAGAUCGGCGUAGUCAGCCAAGAGCCAGUGCUGUUCGAGGGAACAAUCACGGAAAACAUAAGGCUUGGUAAACGUGAUGCAACUGAUGACGAAAUCAAAGAGGCUGCCGUCGACGCCAAUGCUCACCGUUUUAUUUCAGAACUACCGAAGGGCUACGAUACACAAGUUGGUGAGGGAGGUGCUCAGUUGAGUGGUGGGCAGAAACAGCGAAUCGCCAUCGCACGAGCGCUCGUCCGCAAGCCAAAAAUUUUGUUGCUAGACGAGGCAACAUCUGCAUUGGAUACAGAGAGCGAGUCGAUCGUGCAAGCAGCUCUUGAACAGGCCAGCCAAGGUCGUACAACCAUUGUCAUUGCGCAUCGUUUGUCAACUGUACGCAACGCAGAUAUGAUUGUUGCCAUGCGAGACGGUGUUGUCAUGGAGACGGGUACCCAUGAUGAUUUAAUGAGCCGGAAAGAUGUAUAUUACAAACUCGUAAUGCUGCAAACCAUAGCAGAAGAAGUUGAAAAUGAGGCGGACAACAUUUCAGUACUAAGUAACGAGGAGAAAGCUCUGAGGCUGGCUGAAAAAAUUAGUCGAAAGUUUUCAGUUAUUUCACAGACAAGUGAAACUAGUGCAGAUGAAAUCGUGAAAUUAGAGAAGACAUUGCAAAAACAGUACUCCAGGCAGCAUACGCAAAGAGAGGAGAAACAUGUGACGAAGAAGAAAGAGGAACCUGAAGAAGAGAUAGAAGAGGAAGUAGAAAUUCCCCCUCUUUCAAGAAUCAUGAAACUCAGUAUAACCGAGUGGCCAUAUUUGGCACUGGGCAGUGUAUUUGCUGGAAUGGCUGGUGCAUUUCCUGUUGGAUUUGCUGUCAUUAUCAGCGAAAUUAUCAAGAUCUUCUCCUUCAAAAGCAAUGUCAAAGAAAUGAGAAGCAAGGCUGAGUUCUGGUCCCUGAUGUUUGUUGUACUCGGAGUUGGCUCUGGUGUUGCCAUCCUUGUUUCUAGUUACCUCUUCUCUGUCGCUGGAGAAAUAUUAACAAGGCGAUUGCGAGAGCUUUUGUUCCAAGCAAUAUUACGUCAGGAUAUAUCUUUUUUCGACGAGCCUACUCAUUCAACAGGAGCUCUUAGUGCACGAUUGGCUUCCGAUGCCUCGGGCGUUCAGGGGGCCACGAGUAUCCGGCUGUCAACACUGGUUCAAGUAGUUGUCAUGGGUCUCUCUGCCAUAAUAGUUUCAUUUGUAUACUCUUGGAAGUUGACACUGCUUAUAUUCGCGUUUAUUCCCUUCCUCCUGCUGGCUGGUGCCAUGUACACAUCAAUAAACACGAGUUUUGCAGCAAAGGAGAAAGAGACAUUGGUACAGGCUUCCGCGGUUGCCAGCGAAACAACUACAAAUAUCCGCACGGUUGCAUCUUUAGGCGUUGAAGAAUUCUUUUUCGAUCGCUACGUGACGCUACUGAGCCAACCUUACAAGAAAGCACAAUACAAUUCGCAUUUCUUUGGCGUUUCUUUUGGAAUGUCAUAUGCCAUAUGGUUUUUAGUCAAUGCAGCCGCAUUUCGCCUAGGUGGACACUUGGUUGUGAGAAAUGAAGUCGAUUUUGCGGACAUGUUCAAGGUUGUAUUUGCCUUGGUUUUUGCCGCCAUGUUUGCUGGACAAGUAGCCUCGUUUGCGCCAAAUUAUCUGAAGGCUAAAGUCUCGGCUGCAAGGAUUUUCAAGCUUCUUGACCUUGUCCCGCCUAUUGACAGUUACAGUGAAAGUGGCGAGAAACCCGAUACAAUGGACGGAAGCGUAAGCUUCAAUGAAGUUCAGUUCAGCUACCCAAGUAGACCGAAUGUUACCGUAUUAAAGUCUCUUUCUGUUGAAGUAAUGCCUGGUGAGACUUUGGCUCUGGUUGGUCCAAGUGGGUGUGGUAAAAGCACCACUGUUUCGCUGAUCGAAAGAUUUUACGAUGUUGCAACGGGCGCAGUUAAACUGGGUGGGCUAGAUGUGCGAAAUUUGAACCUUGGUUGGCUGCGCUCCCAAAUUGGCUACGUAGCUCAAGAGCCUGUCUUGUUCAACUGCAGCAUACGUGACAACAUAGCGUAUGGUCUUAAUGACGAGGAGCGGAAAAGUAUCGAGCAAGCUGAAAUCGAGGCUGUUGCCAUGUCAGCAAACAUACACCAUUUUAUUGCGUCUCUUCCCAACGGUUAUGACACCUUAGUUGGCGAGAAGGGCACUUUGAUAUCAGGAGGACAAAAACAGAGAAUUGCUAUUGCACGUGCGUUGAUCAGAAACCCAAAACUUCUAUUACUGGACGAAGCAACGUCAGCUUUGGAUUCGGAAAGUGAAAAGGUCGUGCAAGAUGCCCUUGAUGUUGCAAUGGAAGGACGAACCUCGAUUAUCAUUGCCCAUCGCUUAUCGACGGUUCAAAAUGCUGACGUCAUUGCUGUUGUGGAGAAUGGGAAAAUCAUCGAAGCUGGAAGCCAUGCUGAGCUCAUGGAGAAGAAAGGCGCAUAUUACGUUUUGAACAGUGGACAGUUUUAACCGCAGUCAUCAAGCAAUGAAUUCUCCAUAUCACAGAAAAGCCUUAUGUCGAUGCAGAAAGUAAGCAGGAUUUCGUUACAGAAAACAGUAUAUUCUUUAAUUAACCUUCCCUUGCCCUUUUUGCAAAAUGGAGCUUAUUUUUGGCACUUGGAGAAUACAGUUUGCAAAAGUUAGAUAUGGUUGGUUGUUGGUCAAAGAAUUAGAUUUAGCUCGAGCGGGAUGCACAUUUUUAUCAGUAUAACUCAAUGUAUGCGAAAAUAAAUUAAGGAAAAAGGAAAUGCAUUACAAGGGUUAGUAAAAUGCUAACACCAACUUGCCCUGAUAAAAUAGGGCAGCCAUUAACAAUUUCAUCGCUUUAGAUCUUAGUUGUAUAAGCAUAGCUGUAUGUCAUUGAAAUUGUUUGGGCCUAUCGUAGGCUUUGGUCGCCAUGAUUAUGAUCUAGUCUCCGAACCCUAGUAAAAUAUCAGCCUGGCUUUUGCUUUCAUGUAGCUGAUAUUGAACUUCACAAUCGGACAAAAGUGUUAAAUCCUUUCUGGUCUUUGGCAUUCACAUUGAUUACAGAGUUGUAUCAAAGAAAGCAAUUCUCAGAUCCUUGAACCGUGUCAUGUUUAAACGUACAUUGUUUUUUGGGGGGCCUGGAGCUGUAAGUUUUGAAGAAGCAGCUAGGUUUUCAAUUUUUGGUAGAUAAAUCUCCCCUACCAAAGAAGUUGUGGCAUGCAGCUCAAGCUUGCCUACAAUGAUCCUCGUUUGGUUUGGAGUUUUUACCUCAACUCAGGAAGCCCUGUCUGACAAAAAAUGGUUGUUUGGUUCAGAUCUUUGAUUAACUAUGAAAUCUAAUUCGACUUAAAAGUAUAUCAAACGAACUGUAACCUCAAUAGGUUGUAAAGUAUCAUUCUUUGGGUGCAGCUCCCAGGUUCGCAUGCUUUUGGGGAUGAGAGGGGGGGGGGGGGGUGGAGAAAUCUCAUUUGACUGUUUACAGGAACACUGACACUGCUUUUGUUCCUGCGUUAGAACCUUGUUUUUACAUAGCACUAUUUCAACAAAUAAUUAUGAUAUUUCAUUUUAUGUAAAAAUGAAAUUAGUUAUUCUGAAACAGAUUUCAAAUAUUAGCUUCGUUUCUCUAUAUCUUAGCGAUAUGUGUAACCUUUAUUAUAUGUCUAUAAGGUUUGCUGUGUAUUUUUCUGCACCAUUGUGCUCAAUGUUUUUAUUGUACAGAAGUUCAAACAUGUUAUACACGAUAAAACAUGUUAUGCUUGUCAUAUGA